UGCGAGUCUUGCAUUGACCCCAUCAUCACGAUAGCUCUCAUGAUCACUAGAGCAGCUUCCAGCUAGCUCAUGUCAAGGAAGAAAGGCUCUGCAAGAGCGGCAUUGUCCUUGAUCACUAGAGCGCCCGUCUCCAGGAUUAUGAUAGUGGACUUGCAGAAAGCGGUCCCUGCCAUUCGCAGCAAUGCGUAGACGUCUCUUUUGCGCCUGCUAGUAAAUGUCUUCUGAUCAAACACCUAGCCUGGCCCGCUGGCCCGCACCUUCAGAGCAUGAUCAGCAAAGCUCUCUGCCUGGAUUCAGCUACCAUAGCCAUCCGCCGGGGAGCAGUACCGUUCUACCCAGUACCUGUUCAACGCUGGGUCUAGACGAUCAGUGGUAGCUUGUUGCUCCAGCAGCCCCCCGCCGAAAAGACAUGGCAAGAAGACCCGACUGCCAGAAUUGGACCAUCCCUUCACGCACGUAAAUCAAGAGCUCUUCAAGCUGAAGCCGCCAGCUGUCACCCAUGCAGAGCUCCAGGAAGUUCCGUGUUCCGAGGCCAGCAGUUUCCAUCCUCGGCCUUGUAGUAGUGAUGCUCAUUGCUCUUGUCUCUUUCGAGACUUGGUUCCGCCGGUCCCUCGUGAAUGGCUCAAUGGUUGUGAGCCUCCGUUCUGAGUGGGGGGAGCGCAGCCUGGUUCGAAAGAAGGGGGGGGUAACAGAAGAUCUGGCGCACCUCCGCACUUCCAUGGCCGUGAUCCAUGCUGAACUGCAGAGCAUAAAAAACGUGUUGCGAAUAAGCUCUGGCGGUCCGCAGCGGGAGGUGCGAUGGGACAGCAUCUGGAGGGGGGGUUCGCCGUGCGGGACCCCGAGAAAGGACCCCCCUGAGGGCAGGGAGUGGCACGUGGCCCCGUCCAAGUACCUCGUUGCCGGGUGCUUCAUCGGCGGAUUCUCUAACCGGAUGGAAACCCUGCUCGCGACGUCAAAGCUCGCGAACGCCCUCCGGCGCACGCUCGUCAUUGCGCCGUUCAAAGCGCUGGAAGAAGGCGCACUCGGCAUCACGGGUGACUUUGACCCUUUGGGCGUGUUGGACCUCGAACUGGCGCAGGCGUGCGUGGGGGAGGGGCGGGUUAUGUCUUGGGACCAGUUUACCACGUUUAACCAGGGGUUAAGCACCUUUGGUUUGUGCAUUCACUUCCCUGGGGGAGAGGAGCGGUGCGAGCGGGGGCACAAGGUUGGGCGGGACACACUGGGGGUUCCGUUCGAGACUAAGGAUAUCAAUGGGUACGAAGUCAAGGACCUAGCAGUGGAGUUGAAGUUUCCGGCGGACGUCCUGUGGGUAGCCGAAGCACCCCACCUGGGCGAUAUGUGGAACUGGCAGCCAAAGAUGAACUGCUCUUUGGAGUGGGACAUUUUCCAGCCCUCGGCGGCGAUCCGCUUGGCAGCGCACCGCUUCAUUGCCGGAAUGCUCGGCGCGGAUUACGCGAGCUUCCACCUGCGGCGGGGCGACUUCUUCGACUAUAUUGACAUGGAAGCGGAUCCCGGCACCUUCUCGCGCAACCCCGUCUUCACGCAGCUGCGCUACACCGUGACCGCGCUCCCGAAGCUCGCGCACUGCCUGGCCCGCGCGGUCGACGGCAGCAACUUGACCACGUUCUACGUCGCGUCGGACGCCAGCCAAUGGGAGAUGGACAACCUCCGGGAGCUGCUCGCGAGCAGGGGCGCGCAUAUGGUGACGCUGCCGCCCCAUCAGGAGUGGGACAAGCACCGGUGGGCGCGGGGGCUCGCGCAGAAUACCAAGGUCGCUGCGAUGCUGGACAAGUUCCUCUGCACGGCCGCGACAAUGUUCGUUUCAAGCCGGGGCUCUAUCUUCUCCAAUCACGUGACGCGCGCGCGGCGUGCCUGGAGCCUGGACACGUGUCACGACCACGAAGUGUGUACGCUCCCAGGGGACGAGGACGAUUUUACGUUCAGCACACCUCAGCCGAUUCACGAAGGAGUGCUCAUGAAAUAAGGGAAGGGUCUCUAUUCCACGAAACGGAUUAUAGAACAGUAUACACGUUUGAAAGCAAUUGACGACGAAUUACGUCCAGUGUGAGCCAACCGGAGAUGUAAAGGUAGGGAUCGAAUUGCCUAGCCGCGUAUCAGGCCCACCCUCAGGUCGUAUCAUAGUAUAUCGUUACUACGUGAUUCGUUGAAAGCUUUCUGGCUAUGUAAUUUAAACAGAAUUGGCGAGCAAAGGGGUCAAGUCAUAUUGGGCAGGUGGCUUGAGUCUCUGAACGGCUCAACCUUUGCACUUUCAUGUCCUAAAGUUGCAUAUCAGCUGGUUUUUCAGACGAUAAAGAUCACCGGAGGCUAUAUGGUUGCAUAAAGAAGGACGUUUUUUCGCGGUGGGAAAGCAAGCAGAACAAGAGAUAUGGCCAUUUGGACACGGUUGACUAAAUAUAUACAAUUCGAGGAGCCGUUAAAUCAUUGACGAACACGAAUUUUGCAAUAUGUCUUCAAC